AUGUGGUCCGCGUAUGAGAUGAAUUACGAAAAAACUCCGCAUUGUGCUUCUGGGUAUCGGACGUUCUUCGAUCAUUUUGAGGAAGAUGAUUUUCUAUGGAGACCCUAUCUUGAACUUAAAGAUGAGGAUCCCACUGAAAGCGAUAUGUGGAGUUCUACAACAUUUAUAUUGUCUUUCACUUAUGUUAAAAUGCAUCAUUCAGAUAGAGUGAAACUCCAAUUCGGAAUUAAACAAGACAUUCCCGGUCCACCAGAAAUGUACAACCUCCUGCCGGUGGAACCACCACUUACGUCGACUGGGUCGAAAUUAAUUAAGGAUGAAUAUGAAUUUUAA